UGCUAACAACCAGGUUACAAUGCUGAGUGAGCCCUGAGCUCCAACCUCCAAGCAGGGGUAUUUUGCAUUUCUUGCUUCCAAGUUUCAGGUUCCAAGUUCCCACCGAGGGCUCUGUAACAAAGGAAGACAAGCCCAAGAAGAAGCAGGAUUGCGCAUUCACAUCAGUUCUAACGGAACGAGACAGAAGAAAUGCCAAUCUGGAAAGUUAACUCUGUUAAGACUGCUUUGAGAUCUUUGAUUGGGGAAGCAUCAAGAGACUGCAGAAAGCUCUCAUUACUGUCGUCGCCGUCGCUGCUUGAGAUAAGAUCCCAACCCCUCUCCUUUCGGUCAUCUCAAAUCCCAACCCCAGUCGGUACCUCGGUUCGCUAUUUCCGAGGCGGUCGUCAUCAUCGAGAUGAUAUCAGUUUAAGAUAUGAAACUACGCCCCCGACCAAUUGGGGCAUCCGAGUUGUCCCGGAAAAGAAGGCUUACGUCGUUGAACGAUUCGGGAAAUACGUGAAGACCCUCGACUCGGGAAUUCACUUUUUGAUUCCCCUCGUUGAUCGAAUCGCUUAUGUGCACUCCCUAAAGGAAGAGGCCAUUCCCAUUCCUGACCAAUCUGCUAUAACAAAAGAUAAUGUCAGCAUCUUGAUUGAUGGAGUACUGUACGUAAAGAUUGUCGACGCGUUCUUAGCAUCGUAUGGUGUUGAGAAUCCGAUAUUUGCAGUUAUUCAGCUCGCUCAGACGACAAUGCGUAGUGAACUGGGAAAAAUCACAUUGGAUAAGACGUUUGAAGAGAGGGAUACACUAAAUGAAAACAUUGUGAAAUCAAUCAAUGAGGCUGCCACAAAUUGGGGCCUCAAGUGUCUACGUUAUGAGAUAAGGGAUAUAUCUCCUCCUCCUGGAGUGAGAGCAGCUAUGGAGAUGCAAGCAGAAGCAGAACGUAGAAAGCGAGCUCAAGUUCUUGAGUCAGAAGGAGAAAGGCAGGCAAACAUUAACAUUGCAGAUGGGAAAAAAAGCUCAGUGAUCUUAGAGUCAGAAGCUGCAAUGAUGGAUCAAGUGAAUAGAGCAAAAGGAGAAGCAGAAGCCAUCCUUGCUAGAGCACAAGCAACUGCAAAAGGGAUCUUUUUGCUAUCUGAAGCCAUCAAAACAAGUGGAGGUGUUGAGGCAGCUAGUUUGAGAAUAGCUGAGCAAUACAUCCAAGCGUUCAGUAACAUUGCCAAGGAGGGAACAACAAUGCUGCUCCCUAGCACUGCUGCCAAUCCUGCGAGUAUGAUGGCCCAGGCUCUGACCAUAUACAAAAGCCUGAUUGGCAACAGUACCGGUGUUGGCACCUAUGAGGUAUCCCAGUCUAGACCCUCAGGCAACACGGACAGUGAUCAUUCUGGGCAAACUGGAGUCGAGAUCCCUGCACCUGAUGCAGAAGCUGAGGCUGAUUGGAGAGAACCAGUUUUCUCCCUGCAGAGCCCCAAGAAGGAAGAGAAGAGUUGAUACUGUUGAUGAUUAUCGUAAGGAUGAAGGCCCGGUCAUACAAAUCAAUUUUGUCGGAAACACUAUUGUUUACUCAUUUUCUAUAAUUGACUUUGAAGAUUCAAAUGAAGGCAAAGGGGGAAACAGCGGUUUGUUAGUCUUGAUGUUGACAAUCCUGCUUUGUUACAGCAGAAUUUAGGGGUUGUCUGCACCUUUGGCCACUUUGACCGUUUUCUAGGAUGCUAUUUCUUCAUCAGGAGACAUUAAAAUCAUAAAAGGAGACACCUGCAUAACCUCGUCUAUUUCCACCAGAAACUUGAUUGUCCUUUUCUGAUUUUAGUGUUUUUGCGAAUGACAAGGUUCGUAAUGGCAUUGCUCUUUCUCGGUCUCGGGACAUCAGAUCAAUGCUUCGUUAGUUUUGGCUGCGGCAGGAUUUUUUUGUCCCAUAGGCUUCAUGGGGUUAUAUGUUCCAGCUUUUAAUGUCACGCAGAAGAUUAGUUUUGCCUAA